AUGGGUAGCUGGCCGGACGUGGUGGUACAGGCAGACAUGCCCUCUGACGCGCCUCUUGUCUCUCUCCGAUGGUUGAAUGUCUCUGUACCACCUUGCUUCAACAGUGCUGCCAGUGCAAGUGACAGCAGCACUGCCAGCAGCAUUGCCGUUGGCAGUGAGAGUGGGAGGAGCGCAGAGGGGGUGUUGACGGAGGGAGGCACUGUCGUCUCUCUUCUGCUUAUUGAUGCAUCAUGGGGCCUUGCUUCUUCGUCCCUGACCCCCGCCGAGGCCUGCAGCGUGAUGGCUCUGGAGGCGGCCUGCCUGGGCGGGGUGCGGCCGUCAGCAGGCGUGGCGGCCAUCAUGCGCGCCCACCCCGCCUCCGCGCUCUCUAGGCUGACUCACUCCACCGCUGUGUACCUCGAGGCUAAUGAUGUGCUGCCACCUGGCAGCUGUCCAGGCUGUCCUGAUGACCCUCUUCUGAACUGCACGCUGCGCACGCUGGCUUGGCAGCAUCUGGGGGAGGUGGCACCUGAAGGAGAAGCAAGAGCAUUGGGAGCAGGAGCAGCAGGAAUGGGAGGAGCAGCAGCACCCGGAACAGCAGGAGGAGCAGCAGGGGGAGAAGGAAGAGGAGGUGAAGGAGGAGGUGGAGGUGGAGGAGGGGGAGGAGGAGCAGGGCGAGCAGGGGAGGGGAGGCGGGUGGAUUUCACGAUGAGUGCGUUCUGGCCGGCAGAUGCAGCAGCUGUAGCGCGCACCUUCCACCCCCUCCGCGCCCCCCUGUUGUUAGACGUCACUCUUGCCCGCCUGCAAGCCUGCCCCUCCCCUGCUGGCAAGAGCAGUCGCAAGAAGGCUGAUUCAGCUGGCAACAGCAGCAGCAGCGUUGAGUUCAACGCGACGCUGUGCGCGCAGCUGCAGGUGGCGGAGGCGUGGGUGGUGUCGGCAGCAGCGGCGCUCAUCCACACCCGCGCGUCUCUCGAGGCCCGCUUCCUCCGCGCCCAGGCCACCGCCCGCACCGCCCGGGAGAUCCUGGGGUUGGAAGGGGGAAGGAGGUUGGGGGAGAGGGGGAGUGGAGGAGCAGGGGGAGCGGAUGGGGGAGUGGAAGGGGAGGGAGCAGAGGGGGCAGAGGCAGCAAUAGGUGGUGCAGAUGCUGCGGGUGCUGCAGAGAAGGGGUCGUUCUCAGUGCGGCGAGUGCCAUUCGCUGUGGCGCCGACUGUCUGUGAGGCUCCCAAGGCUGAGUCGUUCGGGAAGCAGCGGUUCCUGCGGCAAUUCAUCGUGGACGAAAAACUCAAGGCGAUCUACUGCUUCGUCCCCAAGGUGGCCUGCACAGGGUGGAAAACGUGGUUUCGAGAGCAACAAGGGCAGAGCAACGUGUCAGACGUGUUUCUGACCCAUGACAAGGCGCGCUCAGGCCUGCGCAUCCUCGCAUACCACUUCCCAGAGCACCGGGUUAUUGAGCUGCUGACUCGGCCGGAUUUUUUUAAGUUUUCAUUUGUGCGGAACCCGUAUACGCGGCUGGCGUCCGUGUAUCUGAACAAGCACGUUGGUGGGGGGCCUCCUUACUCGAGACAGUUCUGGAACAAGAUGUUUUUCCGCAAGUUCAUUCCCUUCCGGCGGCUGGUCAAGGCGAAAAAGGGAGAUGAUCUGUUCACCUUGGGAGAGUUUGCGUGGCUGCUGAGGCAGAUGCGGGAGCAGCGCCGGGGACGCAUGGAAUCCCACGUGCAGCCGCAGAUCGACGCCUGCCGGUUUGACAAGAUCCGAUUUGAUUUCGUGGGGCGGUUUGAGAAUCUGGCGGAAGAUGUGGGGCUGGUGCUGCAGAGAUUGAACCGCACUGUGGGCGAGUCGGGCGCGUUUAAGAUCUCAAAAGAUGCUCAUCCGACUAAUGCUGGGAGCAAGCUGCUGGAGUUAUAUGAUGAGGAGUGUGAGGAUGUGGGGGAGGUGCUGCGGAGACUGAACCGCACUGUGGGGGAGUCGGGAGCGUUUGAGAUCUCCAAGGAUGCGCAUGCGACGAAUGUUGGGAGCAAGCUUCUCGAGUUAUAUGAUGAGGUGCGUGAGUGGGUGAGUGGGGCUGGGCGUGUUGGUGUUUGUGGGGCUCAAUUGCACCAUGGGGGUGUUCGAUGCGUUUAA